AGCGCGGGCGCUCUAUGCUCCCGAGCUUGUUUGUCCAGGAAAUGACGUGAGUGUUUUCUGCAAGCAACCCUCGUGGAGCCACUUCUGUUAGAAAGAACAGUCUACUUACCUUGCUAAUUAUGGAGCAAGGUAGUUCCUGCUUUGAAUCAGAACUUGAUUUCUGUCCUGAGUGUGGCACUGUCCUGCCUCUGCCAGUAGUCCAGGACAAGGUGACAUGUCUCUGUUGCUCUUUCUUCAUUGAUGUGCGAGAUUUUGAAAAGCGAGUUAUACAUCCGUCCAUCAUAUUCAACAGGGUGGAUUCAACAUCAUGGAUGACAGUGGAUGAAGGAAAAGCAGUCAAGGGACCAUUGAUUGAUAGAAAGUGUCCCCAGUGUGGGCACGAGGGCAUGGCAUACCAUACACGACAGAUGAGGUCUGCAGAUGAAGGGCAGACAGUCUUCUAUACCUGCAUCCAAUGCAAGUUCCAGGAAAAGGAAGAUUCUUGAUCAACUUUACCCAGCUGCACGGCGGACACUGUCUGAGAAAUUUAAGAGUCAUUGUUUUGCCUUGUUAUUGUGACAGCACAAUAUGUUUUUUGUUCCAUGGAAGCAUUCUCUUGCUUGAGCUGGAUGAUUUUGCCAAUUGUGACUAUAGGCCUUCUAUACUGGGCCAUGCUGGGGGCCGCAAACUUCAAAUGAAAAUAAAAGUAAUGGCAGGAGCAGCACAUGACAAGAUGGCCUUGCAGGAAGUCCUAAAUCUUCUUUCCUCACUCAACUUGUGGCUCUUUUUCUUGGUCAGAAAAGACGAGAAACAGUAGCUACCUGUGGAAUGAACCAAUUCCGAGCUAAGCAUAAUGUGUGCUACUCUUGUAAGCCUUUGCUGUUGCAGUAAUUCAUCAUUGCUGCUGUUGCAGUAAUUCAUCAUUGCUGCUGCAGCAGCAAUCCAUUUGCCAGGCUUCAUCUUUCUCUCUACCCACCUGGUUCCCAACAAUCUACCACCUCUUGCUGCUUGUGUUUGGAGGGAAUUGUGGAUGGCUGUGCCGCAGACUUUUAUAACCAUCACUAAGAAAGAAAAUGAGGGACCACAUGGAUUGUUUUAGAAGAAUCAAACCCUAUCAUUCCGCAAGGUGAAUGUUAUUCCCCCCCCUUUCCCUGCUGCUCUGUUUCUUCUGGUGUAUGAGGCUGUAGCAGCAGCUUAAUGAAGAAGAAAGGUGUGGGGCAACUGAUAGCUUUUCUUGGACUAGAUUUGGGCCUAGACCAUAUGUUGUUUACCCUAACCUAUCGAGCUCUGGAACUCUGCAAGUGUGUGAAAAGUGGGUUACAAAGUACUGUAGUUGUGACCUACAGGAAUCAUAGUGCUUGAUAAGUUGCAUGUACUCCUGCAACCACAGCACAGUGUUCUUAAAUUCUUUGGACUACAGUUUGCUUCUUCCCUCACCCACUGUGUUAUUUGCAUCCUGUUGGUCAUGCUUAGUUUGACACAAAGAGAAUGCUGAGGCUUUGCUUUUGAAA